AUAUAUAUAUAUAAAAUUUGAUAUCCUCCAUUAUCUUCAAUCCAAGCCCAUUCAGGACCUAGUGUUGAUUUAGCUAUUUUUGCUUUACAUUUAACUUCUAUUUCUUCAUUAUUAGGUGCUAUUAAUUUCAUUGUAACUACUUUAAAUAUGAGAACAAAUGGUAUGACAAUGCAUAGAUUACCAUUAUUCGUAUGAGCUAUUUUCAUUACAGCUUUCUUAUUAUUAUUAUCAUUACCAGUAUUAUCAGCUGGAGUUACUAUGUUAUUAUUAGAUAGAAACUUCAAUACUUCAUUCUUCGAAGUAGCUGGUGGUGGUGAUCCAGUAUUAUAUCAACACUUGUUUUUUAUCCCAAUUUAUACUAAAUUAUUAAAUAAUAAUAAUAAUUAUUUAUCUUCUUCUUUUCAAUUAUUAACAUUUAAUAAAGAUAAAUUCAAUUUUAAUGAAUUUUAUAUAAAAUAUAAAGAAUUAAAACCUAAUAAUAAAAUUCCUAAUUCUAAAUUUUUAGAAUGAUUUAUUGGUUAUUUUGAAAAUAAUGGUACAUUUAUUUUAAUAAAAAAAGGAGAAAUUUCUGUAAUAAUUACAGAAUCUUCUAAUAAUAUGAUUAAUGGCACUUCUUUAUGUAAUAAAGAAGUGCCAAAAGAUGUAUUAAAAUAUAUUCAAUCUAAUUUAAAUAUAGGAAAUAUUAGUGAAUUAUCUAAAAAAGAUAAAACAUAUAAAUGAUAUGUUAAUAAUAGAAGAGAUAUUAUUUUAUUAUCUUUAAUUUUUAAUGGUAAUUUAGUAUUACCUACUAAAUAUGGUAAAUUUAUAAUUUUUUUAGCUAAAUUAAAUGAAAAAUUAUUAAAAAAUAAUGAAUCUAUAAUUAUUUUAAAAAAUUAUUGUAAAUUACCUACUUUAAAUGAUUCUUGAUUAUCAGGAUUUAUUGAUGGUAAUAGUAAAUUUAAUUUAAAUAUUAAUAAUAAUAUAAAUAAUAAUAUAAAUAAUAAUAAUAAUAAUAGAUAUGGCACUUUUUCUCCUAUUAUAGGAGAAAAAGUGCCUUAUAACUUAAAAUUUAAAUUCUCUUUAUCUUUAAAACAUAAUAUUAAUAAAUAUGUAUUAGAACAUAUUUUAUUAUUAUUUAAUAAUAAUAAUAAUAAUACUAAUAAUAAUAUUAGUAUUAAUAAUAAUAUUAAAGAUAAUAUUUGAGAAUUAUCAUUUAAAGGUUUAAAUAAUUAUUUAUUAAUUAAUAAAUAUUUAAAAGAAUAUCCAUUAUUAACUAAUAAAUCUUAUAAAUUAAAAAAUAUUAAUUAUAUUAUUAAUAAUAAAAAUAAUAUUAAUAAAGAAGAGAUAAAAAAAUUAUUAAAGAUUAUUAAUAAAUAA